AUGAGGGAGAAGGAUAAAGGGGGCAGGAUGAGGGAGAAGGAUAAAGGGGGCAGGAUGAGGGAGAAGGAUAAAGGGGGCAGGAUGAGGGAGAAGGAUAAAGGGGGCAGGAUGAGGGAGAAGGAUAAAGGGGGCAGGAUGAGGGAGAAGGAUAAAGGGGGCAGGAUGAGGGAGAAGGAUAAAGGGGGCAGGAUGAGGAAGAAGGAUAAAGGGGGCAGGAUGAGGGAGAAGGAUAAAGGGGGCAGGAUGAGGGAGAAGGAUAAAGGGGGCAGGAUGAGGGAGAAGGAUAAAGGGGGCAGGAUGAGGGAGAAGGAUCAAGGGGGCAGGAUGAGGGAGAAGGAUAAAGGGGGCAGGAUGAGGGAGAAGGAUAAAGGGGCAGAAGAAAACCAUAAGCAUUAA